AUGGCACCCACGGUUGACAGCCUGAGAGAGGGUUAGUCUAGCCAUCAGGUUAUUGAGGAUCCUAGUCCCUUGUCCCUCCCUCCGGCUGACGGUCUCAGCGAGUCGAUCUGCUUCCCCUUCGCACCCCACUUUUAGCGCUGGCGCUCCUCUCCCUCGACACCCGCGGCCACAAAGACGUCCUAUCCCGUCGACUGGCACGGCAUAGAAAGGCACAACAUGAAGCUGAGACACCGAAUCCUCCUCCUGUCUCAAGUCGCGUUCCGAUACCACGGCCGAAUCGACCACGUGGCCAGGCGUUCGAUGCGUACCUCUGUUUCGACGUCGAGGCGACGUGCGAAUACUCUUCGGGGCAAAAUGUCGCCAAGCAAGCUUUUGGGUAGGUCCGGAGUGAAGGAUUCUUUUUGGUGAGCCGAUGCUGUGAAGUAGGCCGUUGGGCUGAGCGGUGCGUUCGUCGACUCUCCCCUCGCAGUUGGCCGAAUGAGAUCAUCGAGUUCCCCAUGAUUCUGCUCAAGUGGUGCAAGCUCGAUCGUAUCAAGUCGAGUCCUCAGUCGUCUUUCGUAUCCGAAUCUGAUAAAGCGAAUCAAGAAGAUGGAAAAGCCGGUUCCGAUGACAUUCGUUCGUCGGAGGAAGAUGGCACAGAGGAAGAGGACGAGGCAGAUCCCGAGCGGUGGGAGCUGCGCGUUGUCGACGAAUUUCAUUCCUUCGUCCGACCGAAACAUCGACCAAAACUCUCCGACUUUUGUCGAAAUUUGACGGGUAUUACUCAGGUGAGCACUGCCCUGUGACUGGCUCUACAAGAUGCCAGACCUGACUUGGCCGAAGAAUCUUCCCUCGCUCCCUCUUCGGCUCCACCCAUUAGGCCCAGGUCGAUUCGGCACCCUACUACCCGCAAGUGCUCAAGAGGGUCGAGAAGCAAUUCAUCACCAAACACAACCUCUUCACCAAAGAAGUCAAGACCGUUUGGGUCACCGACGGACCGUGGGGUAAGCCAACAGCAACGCCUGAUUCACAAACUUGCACGUGACUGACAAUCUUCGUCUCCAUGUGGACAGAUCUACGGGAUUUUGUGGCCAAGCAAGUUUUUCUCUCCAACGUGCAACGACCCUCGUGGCUCGGCGGCCACGUCAUCGAUCUACGCAAACUCGUCACGCACUAUUUUGCCGGACUUCUCACGCCUUCCAUCGACCUCACCACCAAAAUGGACGAUUCGUCCUCACCCAAAUCGUCGGAUCCCUUACCGAUGAUAGCUCCUGAAUCUCUCUCCAUACCCUGUGUACUCUCAGCCUUGUCUUUACCCCCUUUCAUAGGCCAACUCCACUCGGGCCUCGACGACGCGCGAAACCUCUCUCGGAUCCUGGUGGAAUUAGCAAGGAGAGGGGUGGCUUUGGAGCCUAAUCUGACGGUUCCGCAGGUGCAAGGCAGGGAGAAGAGGUGGGAUUGGAUGGGGAGGGACGGGACGGUUGUUUGGGAUAGGGUGUUGGGGUUCGAACAGGUUAGGAAGGCGGAGGGAGGGGGAUGA